AUGAACAGAGCAUUAUCGCAUGCUAGAGGUCUUAACAUUGUUCGAAUAUUGGAAUCGAUACGGGUUAUGAUGACCAGAUGGUUUGCUGAACGAAGAGUGGAUGCCAGAUCGCAGUCAACCACACUCACGCGCGGUGUGGAGAAACUAUUACAAGGACGUGUAAGUGCCUCCCGGGAUUGGACGGUUCAAAGGAUUGAUGACCAUCACACUGAAGUUAAAUAUGGCGCUGCUGGCGAGUCUUUGAAUGUUGUUAAUUUGGUUGAGCGAAAGUGCACAUGUCGGCGUUUCGAUGUCGAGAAAAUACCAUGUGUACACGCAAUCGCAGCUGCAGAGGAAAGAAAUGUUUCUCGAAUAUCACUGUGCAGUCCUUACUAUAAAAGCACUUAUUUAGCUAGCGCAUACGCUGAAUCGGUCAUGCCGGUUGACUCAGCGCUACCUGUUCCAGAUAACGUGGCUAACGUACAGUGCUUUCCACCGUUUAUUCGUCAACAACCGGGAAGACCUAAAAAAAAUAGGAUGAAAUCUGCUUUAGAAGUUGCACUUGCAAACAAACGUCCUAGGAAAGAGCACAUAUGUUCUCGUUGCAGUCAAAGUGGACAUAAUGCGAGAACUUGUCCGAUAUAA